AUGGUGUUUAGUGAAGUGGCUAGUGGAACUUCCUGGGAAACUCCCGGGGAUCCUUUUCAAGAUAAACCGGUCGGUGCCGACUCACAUUCGCUUAUAUUUUUUAUUAAAUUAUUGGAGUUGAACAAUCGUGAUGAGAGCGAACAGUACACCGUUUCCCUGCAUUGUGCUGGUGGUGGUGAUAGUUUCACCGGAACACUGGCCGUUUUGAAUGAGAAGAAGCUGGGAGAUGUCGUUAGCUUACAAGCAGACAGGGAAAAGUUUAUUCGCUUUCUGAAAGAAAAUUCCAUCAACGUGUGCAUUAAGCCGAACGAUUCCACCGUGUACAAGGGAGUGCUUCAUUUGAAGGACGCGGAUGUAAAAGAUUUCGAUUGUACAGCCGGGGAUGGUUCACCGGUGCAACAGCAAUUUUUCGUACACGAUGCUGACAACGAAGUAGUGGGCACGAUAACGAUGAUGCUGCAAGUCGUGCACGAUGUAGCGAUUGGAGAUCCCACGACUACUUCCGACAUCAUUUAUCGCAUAAACGACAACAAGCUUAAGUCGGCUGACAAGCAGGAAGAGGAACUGCGCCAACUGCUCGUCUGUCCCGAUUGCAGCAUGCCAAGGUCUUCAAGCGGGUCAGGGUGCGAGUAUGAGAUAAUAGAUGGAAUUUUGCAUCGAAAGGGAGUAUCCAGCACGGAGAAGAUAAUCGAACAGAUUAAGGAGAAGAUCAAACGUGUUCAGCUUGAUGAAGUCAUCGGUCAUCGAGAUUCAACACCUACUAAUGGCUGUGAGCCGCACUGUAAAUUCUGUGCCGAAUGCGGUGGAAUGACCAUUUCCGGAGAAACUUGUAAGGCAGCUGCUGGUUUGCGAUCCAGUGAAACUCAACCAGUGCACCAAAUUGCAGAAAAUCGCAAAAGCGGAUAUGUCGGAGAUAAUGCUCCUACUACUCAAGCACCCACCAAGCGAUCUUCAAAGAUCCGCUGUUGUGAACGUUGCAAGGCCUGUCUGAAUUGGCUACCAACCGAGUGCUGCUGCCCAAAGUGUGGCUUCAAAACCCAAAAGGAGGAACCUUUGGCAAAGUCUAUCCUGCCAACCUGCUUCAACGAGCCGUCCGAAUUGGGACCGGCACCGAAUGGAAAAACGUCAUCGUUCUACGGUUCGGACACAAUGGUGGGUUCCUCCCAGUCGUGUCGAUUGUGUCACAUUUGUCAAACUCGUUGCAUCGAUUGCGCAAACCAAAUGAGCCAAAAGAAUCAGUCCAAAUCGUCCAGCUCUUUCAGCUGUGUUCCCCGUCAGAUGAAAACUGCAACCGCUCCAACGACGGUCACAACGGUCAGACCUGUUACCCGUCGUCCGUGGCGUACCGGUCGUCCAUCCCACGGUCCCAAACCAGCCUCAGUUAAACUGGGUUCGUCUAAAGGGAAACGCACGAAGGAGAUGCAACAGGCGUAUGGUGGAAAUAACAACGAAGAACCAACCAACCAGCCGAAAGAUCGUGUCAGUGCGGCACAGAUUCGCAAACACUACAACGGGAAUAUAAGGAAAAUUAGGCGUCAGAAUCGCAAACUGUACUCGUACCGAUACGGAAAGCGUCAUCCGGGUAUUGUAGUUGGGCAUCGUACCUGCAUGAGACAGGAUCCGCUCGUACCACCCCAUAUGGGUUGGCAGUGGGAUAUUUGUCCGCCGGGGAUUGCCAGACGACGUCCGGGAUGGCGACCCGGAGCAGUACGUCAGCCCAUAAGGGAGUUGAUGCAACACUUUCUAAAAUGCUACCCAUUGGACAAUGUUCCUGUUUCGAAGAAAAAAACGGUCGGCUUCCGUACGGACGAUCCUGCGCAAGGUGACCACAAGCAAAAGCCAACGCUACACAUCACAAAGCAGCACGGUGUCUACUCGAUUACGAUGAAUCCGCUGAAGGACUCGGAGACGCUCAAAACCACCGACGAUCCCUAUCUGGCAGGUAAGCCGAUUAAGUUCAAGCUCGUCAAAGAUCCACAGCUCACGAAGCUAUAUCAGCUGCGCGAUACACUCAAGCGCAAAGGUCUCCCACUCUGCGGCUGCAAGGAUCUAGCGAGCUGCGAUCAUUGUACCGAUCGGGAGAAACGACUUCUGACGGAGGAGAUACGUCGGUCGUCGAAGGUGUUGGGACUGUCGGCGAAAACUUCUAUCGGCGAUGUGCCGAGCGACAGUGAAAGUGAGCUUGAUGUGGAGUUUACUCCUCCGUCAGCCAUUAUCCGAUCGGAUAUUCCAAAACCCGAUGUUGUGGUGGCCGAAACGCAGUACAAUGUUCAGGACUUCCAAAUUAAACCCGUAUCGGACGGGAAAGAUGUAAAAUCUAAGGUUCCCGGAGUACGUGGAAAAGUAUCGAACCAAGGGAGAGGUGACGCCACCUCCAGGGGAGUUACGAGACCGGGUUCGAAAAAUGGCCCCGGAAAGAAGACGAAUGGACCGGAGGCUAACACUAAAGUUCGAAUAUCGGUUAUGAACGCAAAAGGGUCUGGAGCUGCAGCGAAAGGAAGCGAACCAGCUGGAAAGGGCAGCAAAAACACGGCCGGAGGUUUGCCGCGGUCCACCGACGGACAGCAGGGAGGACCACGGCAGGGCGGUGCUGCUGUUGGAGAAGGUACGGGCAACGGCUCCAAUAAGCGCUCCACCAAGGGUAAGAACACCGGCAACAGCAACAGCGCCCAGGUUCACAUUCAGCAGCGGAGUACCCUGUCAAAGGCGACACCAAUCGGGAUGGAAAGCGCAUUAGCUUGCAAUCGUAAUCCGACAGGACCGAGCAACCUGGUGGUGGGUUGUUGCCCAACGGUCACUUACUGCUGCUAUCCAACACAAUGCUUACCUUAA